CUCACACAACAUCAUCUCAAAUUCCACUUUAACCCUUGCUCCAUUCCCUGUUUACAACCUGUUACACGGAUUCAUGACUUGCUGAAGAUCAUGAGCUCUACUACCCACGAGACCAUCUCUCUGAGCGAGGUACCAUCUCGUUACUCCUCCGAUGACGUGACUCCAUCGGAAAUCGAGCAGCCGUCGCUGCCCCCCGCAGAUGGAGGCAAAGCUGCGUGGCUAUUGCUCGCAUCAUGUUGUCUCAUCCAGCUGCCAGUCUGGGGAUUCUCGACCGUGUUUGGUAUUUUCCAAGAGUACUACAGCACGCAUGACGUCUUGCAGGGCAAUAAAGGCGACCUGGCUACCGUGGGGACUACAUCGACUGGUCUUCUAUACCUCUUGUCACCCGUAACUUUUACCCUUCUGACGCGAUAUCCGCGCCUUCAGGCUUGGUGUAUUCCGACAGGCUUAGCUAUCACCGUGAUCGGGUCCCUUUUAUCGUCCUUCUCGCAGCAAGUCUGGCACCUUAUUGCAACACAGGGUGUGAUGUGCGCCAUCGGCAAUGCACUCAUGUUCAGCCCAUCGUCUCUGUAUAUGGACCAAUGGUUUAUAACGAAGAAAGGACUUGCCCUCGGCAUUAUGUGGGCAGCCAAGAGCAUAACCGGUGUUGCGUUGCCCUUUGUGGCGAAUGCUUGUUUGAAUAAAUUCGGUUCCAGUACAACUUUCAGAGCGUGGACUGUCACUACGCUGCUCACUACCCUACUAUCCUUGCCGUUCAUGACGCCUCGAGUACCAGUUUCCCCAUCUGCGUCAGCCCGGCGUCUGGACCUGAGCUUCCUCAGAUCGGUCACAUUCUGGAUGCUCCAGGCGGGAAAUGUCUUCCAAAGCUUUGGAUACUUCUUGCCGUCCACAUAUCUGCCAUCCUAUUCGACCACCACAGUCGGUCUGUCCGAAACAACGGGCACAAUGCUAGUCUCGCUUUUCAAUGCAACUUCUGUUUUCGGCGGUAUCUUCGUGGGAAUGCUCUGUGAUCGCUUCCCAGUAUCGAAUGUUCUGCUUCUCUCCUCGGUAGGCUCAGCUCUGUCCGUGUUCCUUCUUUGGGGCAUGGCAUCAUCUCCAGAGUCUGAAUCGCCUCAGACAGCAAUCGCCUUGCUCACUCUAUUCUCCAUAUUCUAUGGCUUCUUCGCGGGUGGUUUCAGUUCCACCUGGUCAGGCAUCAUCAAGCAGAUUAAGCGGGAAUCCUCUGCCUCUUUGGAGACCGGGUUGGUCUUUGGUCUGCUUGCCGGAGGGCGAGGAAUCGGCAAUGUUAUCAGUGGACCACUGAGCACAGCGCUGAUCAAGCAGGGAUCGCUGAGUGGCUCGCAAGGGAAUAGUGAAACUGGAUUUAGCACUCAGUAUGGGACAUUGAUUCUCUUUACCGGUAUCACGGCAGUCUUCGGGGCAUGGAGCUGGAUGUGGCGUUAUAUCAGUUCUGAAGUACACUGCGUCAGUCGUUCAGGGUAGAUUCCAUUGUCAUAUACACGGUGCGACUUUAAUUUCUAUUAAAUGUCGGAAGAGAGAUAGUUUCAAGAAUCAAACGCGGAAUUCGAA